CCAGCACAUGCAAAGAUGGCGCCGCUCUUGGAUAUGGAUGGUGUCUGGGGAGAGCCGACUUCGACCCUGGAUUGGUGCGAAGAAAACUACGUUGUGACACCAUACAUUGCUGAGUUUUGGAAUACAGUGAGCAAUGUUGCCAUGAUCAUCCCACCAAUUAUGUCCAUGGUCUACUUGUCCUUCUGCAAUGUGGAACAACGAUUCUACUGGGCUUGCUUUGCUUUCCUCUCUGUCGGUCUGGGUUCCUGGUGCUUCCACAUGACCUUGCUAUAUGAAAUGCAGCUCUUAGAUGAACUACCAAUGAUAUGGGGAACCUGUGUGCUGGUUUAUGCUUUCUAUGAAAGCAACUCAGAGCCCAACAGCCACAACUAUCCACUGGCAUUAUUGCUUCUUAUAUAUGCCUCGUUGGUCACUGGUAUUUACAUUCUAACCAACCAACCCGUCUUCCAUCAGACGGCCUAUGGAAUCCUGGUCUUUACACUUGUGUUCCGCGGUGUGUAUUGUGUCACUGUCAACAAACAGGAGUAUUCACUAUUCCUCUUUGUGUAUUCAAUUGGUCUCUAUGCGACUGGGUUCUUUUUGUGGCUAGUAGACAACGGUUUCUGCACACAAAUUAGGCAAUCACGAGAGCUCAUUCCAGCCCCUGCUAGUGCAGUCUUACAACUCCAUGGUUGGUGGCAUGUCUUAGCUGGCCUUGGUACCCACGGCCACAUCAUGUUUAGUUGCUAUUUACGAAACAGGUUUCUGAAACGCGAGACCACUGUUUGGCAAUUAGGCAUCCUACCGUUUGUGUCAGUUGGGAAGGCAGAAUGAGGCUACAUUGAAGACAUCCCUGUUCGCAAUAUGGUGCUCACAUCACACAGGGUACAAGAGUUGUUGCCAUGUCAUUUUCCAACUCCCCGUACAUGUAUAUAUAGAAUGUGGCACUGUGUAAAUCAAGCGUAGUUACCAUUGUAGACCGUAGAAUGAGCUCAUUGGGUAUUCCAACAGGGCAUGCCCAGAAUGAGGUCAUUCCAGACCUAAGUUAAAGGUCUGCCCGAUCAAGGCAGCCCUAAGCCAAUUCCUGCACAUGCUUUGUUCCUGAAUGACCUAAUGUAGCUGUUUUGAAAUGCCCAACUCGUUCAUCAUGAAAAGAGAAAUAUGGUGCUUGCAUGAAAACCAAAAAAAGAACUCGCACACUGUCUCGAGUCCAAGCCCCUCAGCACGUCUCGGCCUUUUUGUAAACCCAGACCCCAAUCCAUUGUCAAACAGUCUUCAUACUCGAACAAGUCAGACUUGCAGUUUACAUGGUUUAAGGUUUGAUUCAGCUGUACCACCAUUCACAUAAUGUACAUGUCAGUAUACUUACAGGAAAUAGGAAUAAAGAUUUGACAGAUGUGCUCCUCUGAAUGAUAGUGUAGCUUCUGUUAUUUCUGGUUUAUUGUUACUGUUAACUUUGAAUAAGAUUUUGAAAAACAAGACACAUACACGUAUAUUCAUCUGUAUGACUCUCUAAGGAGAGGAAAGCAAGAUGCCAGAAAAUUUUCAAACGGGAGGGUUUUGAACAGGUUCGGUGAAAUGUGCCAAAGUCUUGGACGUGUAAAUGUCCCUUAAUGGGAAGGGCCAGGCAGUUUGUGCUGGAUGUUCAGCUUCAGGAAGACAACUCGGCUCAGUUUUUUUCUUAAGUUCAAAUUUUACAAAGCCCCUAUUUUGAACGUCAGUUUUUGCACAGGCAAACAAGUCUUCGCAGUUCCUUCCAAAAUACUGGGUGCAGUGGAAAUAUGGCCUCAGCACCGAGGGUUGUAGGUUUCAAAAGUAUGAGAGGACAGACAGUUUUUAACCUUGGCUGGAAAGUGAGAGGGAGAUACAGCAGUACUAGGUGAAACCCUGUUUGACAGGCAUAGAUUAAGUCAUAACUUACAGUUCAAAUACUUCCACACCAUUUUGCUACAAGUUUUACUCUUGCGACUGUGCAAUUAUACCAUUGUAACGUGAGCAGUGUUGGUAGAUGGGAGAGUGGUAUUGUUUCCAUGUUAAGUACAUGUAGGUCAGUGUUAUUUACAUAGCUUUUUGGUUGGUAAUGUGACUGCUUACCUAGUUUUUUUUGCCCAUACUUAGCAAAUUUGCCUACAUGUAGUCCCUGUUUAUAGGAUAGUUUACUUGUCCGUGUUGGACUUAUUCAAGGGCAUACAUAUAAUGAAAUUUGUGCCCUUUGGCUGUUGUGCAAAACACAGCACAUGAAGUUGAAACUUCACACAUGUAAGAGCAGUCGCUGCUCUGUAUAGUGGGUAUAAACUGACAACAGUACUUUCUCAGUAUAAAUGCUUUGUUUUUAGUGAAGUACUAUAUCAAAUAAAGAGAAUAGACAGCAAUUGUUCUUGA